AUGGCAUAUCAUAUCCCUUGUAGAUUACUCUUUCUCUGUCUUACAUUCUUCACCACUACAAAAACACAAGCACAUUUCCCCGAAGAGUCCCUAGAAAUCAGUGAAAUCAAAACACCACAAAAAAUAACAAAACUCCACUUUUACUUCCAUGAGAUACCAAAUGGAAAGAACCCAACAGCAGUAAUAAUUGCAAGACCAGCAAACCAAAAAACUGUUGGAUUCGGCACCCUUGUCAUGAUCGAUGAUCCAUUAACUGAAGGCCCGGAAACGAGCUCGAAACUCGUUGGUAGAGCUCAGGGUAUGUAUGGUGAGGCAGACCUUGAUUCGGGCGAUCAACAGGAUGUGUCUAGCUUAUUGAUGACCAUAACACUUUCCUUCACACAAGAGAAGUUUAAUGGGAGUAGCACUGUUGACAUUCAAAUGAUGAACCAUUACGUUCGAGUCUAUUCCUUGCAUCUCAUCCGCUGA